AUGUUAUGGCUGCUGAUGUCUGUGCUUCUACUGCAUCAGAUUACAUGCCAGGUAGAUAGUGCAAGGUGUCUCCUGGACAACCCAGUCCCCGUUCCCCAGGAGUGGUAUCAGCCAGGUGAAAUCAUCAUUGGUGAAAUUGUUUCUCACAUAAUUUAUCUCUCCUAUGAACUUACAUUCGAGGAUCAACCAUCACAGAAGCUUUUUGAGCUUCCAUAUGUGGUGAUCAAUUUCUACCAGCAUAUCCUAGCCUUGGUGUUUGCCAUAAAAGAGAUUAAUGAGGAUCCCGGGAUCUUGCCCAAUAUCACUCUCGGCUUCCACAUCUAUGACAGCUACUAUGAUCUGAUGCUGACCUAUCGGACCACGUUGGAUCUGCUCUUUAAAUUCCAUAGAUUUGUCCCCAGCUACACAUGUGAAUCCCAGAAAACACUCAUAGGUGUUAUUGGGGGACUGCACUCUGAUACCUCCUUCUGUAUGGCAGACUUCUUAACCCUCUACAAGAUUCCACAGCUCCACAUGUUUCUUCACUGUAUUUCAUUUAACAACUCAGCCAAUGAAACCGUAUCAUUUAAUGAUAACAGGGCAAUGGGAGGUGGAUUUGACAUCACAAAUCUGGUCACUUUCCCCAAUAACUCCUUCAAGAGAGUGAAAAUUGGAAGGUUGGAUCCCAGUGACCAUGAAGAAAUGGAAUUCAUCAUUAAUCAGGAUAUGAUUGUGUGGCACAGACAUUUUAACCAGGUGGUUCCUGUUUCUUUGUGUAAUGAACCCUGCCACUCUGGAACUCAUAAGAGAAGGAAGGAAGGGGAAAAGUUUUGCUGCUAUGAUUGUGUUCCAUGCCCAGAAGGGAAGAUUUCAAACCAGACCGAUAUGAAAGAUUGUUUCAAAUGCCCAGACGAUCAGUAUCCAAGCACUGACAGAGAUGAUUGCAUCCCUAGAGUUAUAACCUUCCUGUCUUAUGAAGAACCUUUAGGGAUCAGUUUAGCUUCAGCUGCUGUUUCAUUCUCCCUGAUCACGGUCUCUGUGCUAGCAACUUUCAUUAAGCACAAAGACACUCCCAUAGUCAGAGCCAACAACCGAGAUCUUACAUACAUUCUCCUCAUCUCCCUCAUGCUCUGCUUCCUCUCUUCUUUGCUAUUCCUUGGUCAGCCUGGUGGAAUAACUUGCCUUCUCCGACAACCAAGUUUUAGCAUCAUCUUCUCAGUGGCUGUUUCUUGCAUUUUGACAAAAACCACCAUUGUUUCUCUUGCAUUCAGAGCCACAAAGCCUGGAUCUAGACUGAAGAAAUGGGUGGGGAAAAGGCAUACCUACUACAUUGUCCUCCCAUGUUCUCUUAUUCAAUCAAGUGUUUGUACUCUGUGGUUGGCAACUUCUCCACCAUUCUCUGAGUUAGAUAUGCACUCUGUAACCCAGGAAAUAAUUGUGAAAUGUAAUGAAGGUUCAGUCACCAUGUUUUACUUUGUCUUAGGAUUCAUGGGCCUUUUGGCAAGCUCCAGCUUUAUCGUAGCAUUCCAUGCUCGCAAGUUACCAGAUAGUUUCAAUGAAGCCAAGUUCAUUACGUUCAGCAUGUUGGUGUUUUGCAGUGUGUGGGUCUCCUUCGUUCCAACUUACUUGAGCACAAGAGGGAAAGACAUGGUUGCUGUGGAGAUCUUCUCCAUCCUGUUCUCCAGUGCUGGGUUAUUAGGAUGCAUCUUUUUCCCUAAAUACUACAUCAUUGUGCUGAGGUCUGAGCUGAACAGCAAGGAACAACUAAUAAUGAGAAAACAUUAA